ACAUUCCUGCAGCAUUACGAUUUCAUGUUACGCUGACGACAUAUGUGUUCAUUCUACCUCACCAAGGGACCUUCAACUUUUUCUUGCCUCCUUCUCCGUGUCGUCCUCUAACUGUGGUAUCAUUGUCUCUCCUGAUAAGAGCAGAAUAUUCUCCUGCCGCCCUCCUGCCACUCUGCCAGACUUCUCCGUCGGUGGGACUGCCAUUCCCUUGUGCUCCCAGUACUGCUACCUCGGCGCACCUGUCAAGAUCUCGCCAGUCGUCCCCGCCGGGCGUCAAACCCAUCCUCUCAUUCGUGACUUGUUGGAUCGCCUUCAGAGACGGCUUCAACCACUCCAGUGGCUCACAAACAACUCUUCGGGCAUCUCCAUUCCUGUGGCCAGGACCAUAUAUAUUACUUUUAUUCGCUCUGUCGUUGAUUACCUCUCCCCUGCCUUGGUACAACUUCCCCGAACGACUUUAGAGCCCUUGGAGAAAUUUCAGAACAGAGCGCUGAGAGUUAUUCUUGGGUGUCCCAUGUCUACAAGGAUUGUAAACAUACAAUGCGAGUUAAGUCUUCCACCCUUGGUCGAGAGAAUUUAUUCCAAUGUUACUCGCCUCACUGUUAAGUGCCUCCAUCUCCCACAUCUCUCGCCCCACUACUCGCAGCUGAUCAGGAUGUCGCUUGGACCCGCUCGACCUGUUCCUCCUAUCUUGCCCGCAGGUCGUACCCUUAUUCGAGCUGUCUCUUCCUUGAUUCGCAGUCUUGAUUUGGAUGUCCGUGCUGCUGACGUGCCCCCUGGCCCGCCCCCGUGGAUGUUGCCAACGCCAGAGGUCAGCUUAACUCCUACAUCCAAGUCGGACCCGCCUCCCCUACAGCUGCAGUUGGCCCUGAAACACGUAGUGACAGUGACGUCCUCCAUCGCAGCUCCACGCCGUCUCUACACUGACGGGUCACUGCAAUCGGACGGUGCAGCUGGUUGUGCGGUUUUCUCACCUGACUUGGAGCCGCCUCCUGGGGGUUGGGUUGGCCGUCGCCUCCAUGACCACUCCAGCUCCACAUUAUCUGACCGCCUUGCCAAGGAAGCCUGCUGCCUACCUCCACGUGGUGAUGCCCGUCCUCUCUCCCUGCCCUGCUACCUCUCCAGAGUCCGCUCCGCCGCCUUUCUUCCUGCACGGCGUCGUAGGGAUACAGAGAGGCCUCACAGCAUCACCAUCAACCACUAUGAGGCCGUCUGCCGCCACAAGUACUCGUACCGUCGCCGGGGCCUCAUGGUUCGGAGACACAAUGUUGUUUCCGCACGUCUGCGGUUAGGCUACCGUCCACCGUGGCAGGUCGCCGGAGUGGAGGGGGAGCCUGUGUUCACCGAAUGUCGCCUGUGCCGCUCACCGCUGUCAAACACCAUCGAACACUACUGCCUGGCCUGCCCCACUGUUCGUGGAUUGCUACCCCAGGGACAGCCGCUGGAUGCUGUCUGCCGCCACCUCCUGAACCACGACACUCUUGAUAUAAUCCUGUCCAAGUGCCCAUCCACCUGGAAGUCAUCUUACAUCAGCCCCAUUGCAAAUAGGACCAACCCCCCCACCUUCAGCGACCUGCGCUCCAUUGCCAUCGCUCCACUGCCCAGCCCCCUGUGCGAGAGCUUCGUGGCUGACUGGGCGUACGAGGAUCUGGCACCCGGGGUUGAAGCACGGCAGUUUGGGUGCCCCAGGGUACCAGGAUGGGCCCUUCGUGCUUCCUUCUCAUCAACGACGCUCUCUUUGACACCGAGCAUCGUUGGAAGUACGUUUGAGGACUCAACCAUCGCCACGGCCAUCAACAACAACCACCCAAACUAUAACCACAUCCAGAACAUCCUUGACAAGUUCCUGAACUGGACCACCAACAACAACGUCACCUUCAAUCACCAGAAAUCAGUUGCUAUGUUGUUCUAUUUUUCCAACACCCCCGCCCUGCGCCCACCGUCACUCUAG